GGAAAUUGGAAUUUACAAUUUACAUUGGAUUGGCAAUUGGCAGGUCAUUUCAUUGGUCAAUUUGUCAUGAUUGUCGGUCAUUGAAAGUUCACGCUCAACGCAUCUCUUAUUUAGUACUUACUCUUGCAUGUACUUUGAGGAAAUCUUCUGAAUUUCCUCCAGACUUAAUUAAUCAGUGGUUUAGUAAAUUGCGAUAUUCCCAGUGAGGUUGCGUAUCAGUGAAUUAGCCACAAUUUAAAAAACAACAGUACGACACAGUACAGUUUAAUUUUGGUUUGCUGUAGUUCGAUAUUGGUUUUCUAUCUUGACGGUUGUUACUGGCCAAGUUAUACAUUUUAUUAGUGAUUAGAAGAGGUACAUUAGUGCUCGUUAAGUGACGCUCAUGUGUUUUAAGCAGUGAUUAAGUCAGAAAAGUUGAAUCUACUAAAAUGGUUGAGGCAAGCAAACAUUGGUUUCAAAAAGCCUGUAGCUCCAGUGAUUGUCACACUCUGAUCCAUCCUUGGACGUAUAAAUGUAGUGAUGCCAGCAGCAUGAUGCUCAUGAGCUGUAUAAAAGGAAGCUAUAAGUUUUACGCGAUGGUUUAUCUUAUACAAAUACUCAUGAGAGGUAAAAAACUGGGCAAAAAAGAGAUGAUAGAACAAUUUAAGUUAUAUUUGAAAUCUGGUAUAUUUGGUUUAACUGUUGGAAGUUCUUUUGUAACAUUAAAUUGUAUAUUUAGGAAACUGUUCUUUAGUCAAUUCAAUUAUUACACAACAGUGUUACUUCCUUGUACAGUCAGCGGUGUCGCCGUUUACUUUGAACCACCUUAUAGAAGAGUUAUGGUUGUCAAUCUUUUUGUUAAUUUGGUUUUUGAAUAUUGGGCUCGGACUUUAGACCACAUGGGUUGGUUGCGGCGGUCGGUUGGACGAGAAACACUUAUAUUCAUGCUCGGUAGUUCUGCCCUAUUCUAUCUUAUGAGAUUGGAAAGAGAAAACCCCAAAAGGACGCCUUUGUUUUGGUUCUUUACACCUCCGCGUGUAUCCAAGGAAGUCGGAGAGCCAAUUCAAGGGAUUGAGGGCAAAAGUCCGGCGUGCCCUCAUAAAGGACCUUGUUUGAAUUAUAUUUUUAGGGGCGCGGCCCAGUUGUUCGGCGUAGGUUGUCUGAUGACCAUACUCCGGACCAUCGUGCCGCGGAUACUGACUCCGGCGAAGGCGUUGAAAUCUUUGAACCUGUCGCAUCUCAAGCUUGGAUUAUUUUUCGGCGGUUACAUUGGGAUUUAUAGGCUAGUGAUUUGCCUUCUGUGCCGCAAGAACGGUCGGGACAGCGCGCUCUACGCACUGCCCGCGGGCUUCCUCGCCGGCAUCGCCUUCAAAGCGUCGCCUUCCACGCCCAUCGCUCUAGCGCCCGUCACUUCCACACUACAGAUCCUGUUCUCGUGGCUGUACCAAAACGGCACGAUACCCACGAACUGGCCGUUGGUGGAGUUGCUGUAUUGCAUAUGCCAAGGGCUGCUGUUCCAUGCGCGGGUCAUGCACGAGGAUGUCUGCCCGCGGUACAUCGUCAACCUCAUGCGAACUGUCACCAGCAAGAAAGCCGACGAAAUCCAACACUCCUUCAUACAGAAAAUCCUUAGGUAUAAAGAUUUAUAUCCUUAAUUCAGUUUUGUCUUUAUUUACAAAGGAAACAUCCUUUAUGUUCAGGAAAAAUUUAACUUGCGCUGUUCUUUUUCUUUCAUUCGAUCAUUCAUUGAUUGUUAUCUACAUCAGUUGCGGUAUAGUGCGUCGUAAAUUUUGUUGAUGGUAUCAAGUGGCGUUCACAAGGAAUUUAACUAGGUUAUGCACUAAACGUACAAAUUGUACAAAACAGAAAAUUCUUUCCUCAAUCUAGGUUUGUACUUAUAGUAUAAGUACGAUAUUAAAAUAUCGUAUAUAUCAAUAUUUAUACAUAUAAUUAUAGUAUAAAUAAAAAAACCAUGUUAUUUGCAUAAAUAAUCGUAAUAAAUAAAUUGCUCCCCCUAGUCAGAACUUUAUAUAAGUAGAUAUUGUGAUACUUGUUUUUUUCUUUUUAGUUUUCGCUAAGCAGUUGGGUUUUUUGUUUUUAUAAUAAUAUUUUUUUAUUUGUUUGUUGGACUAUAGAGUAAAGGGGGAGGGCUUUAUUUAUUACGGUUUUUUUGUGCAAAUAACAUGUUUUUUUUUUCAUUUGAAAGUGCGGUCUCUUAUAACAUAUAUACAAUAAAGUCUACACAAACGAACCAGCGCAAGUAAGCCCGACUGAACACUUUUAUAUGUGUAUUUAAAUUAUCGUCCGCACAAACAGUUACUACACUGUUAAUACGCAGUGAAAUCGUCUUUGCUUAUUAUGGAAUAUAAGUAAUCCAUGUUUUUUUUUAAUUUAUCGCGUUCUACCACAUCAAAGGUUUUUUUUUAUAUUGAAUACAUUUGUAAAGGGCCACUUCUGCAUUAGACGUGGGUCUACAUUCUCAGACCAAUUACCUUUGUACUUGUAUCGCACUCAAACUCAGUAACAAAAUUGUCUGUCGUUUUUUGAUAGGGACGAGGUAAACUCGCACAUCAAAAAUAUUGAAUACUAAUAAAUAUAUGGUGUGUGCUUACACUACACACAACUAUAAAGUUAAAUCGUAAAACAUACACGUGUUACUUUAAGGGUGGCCGCUCACUGACAAUUUUAAGUUGGCCGAUAGUUGGACGACUUUUUAAUUGUGCGUGUUAAUAGUUGGACGACUUAGUUAGACAGAUGUGCGGGCUGCCAUACCUGUUCUAUACUCGGCCAACUAAAAGUUGUAAGUGAGCGGGGGCUCUAACACAGUGAACCAUCGUUUCUACAGACGCAGUUUGUAUACAUUAGAUCGUGAUCAUAUACUUCUGACAGAGGGAUAACGUCUAGCGAUGCAGGUCCUAUGGUAAUUGGUCUGAGUGUUACUGUACGAGUAUAAUAGUGUUCAUCUAAUUCAGACAAAGCCGAUAAUUAUAAUAAUAUUAAUUAGUAGUUCAUUUCAAAAGCUAAUUGAUAAUUUUUGAUAGUUUCCGCCCCGGUCUGAAUUUAUUCGAGCAAUUAUCGCGCAACUACCUAUAAGAUUUGUUGUUAUUAUAUCUUAUCUAAUAUAGAAGGAAAAACAUAGCAAUAGUAGCGUAAUUUAUGUAAUACUCGUCGAGUCGAUAGUUGAGUAUAAUUGUGUAAAUUACUUGACACUGGCUAUUGUUAGAAAUAAUGACAUUUAUUUACUAUGAAUACUUACCUGAGGAUUCGUUACUUAUGGGCUAUUGGUAGAUAAUCAUUUUUGGUAGGCAAUAUUCUUCUUUACAAAUGUUUGUAAAAUUUUAUUGAUUUUGUGCCUUUAAUAUAACGGGUGCUUUUUAGUGUCAAAUUCAGUCUUUUUGUGGAAAGACAUUAGGGCCAGUGCAAGGAUGUAUUCAUUGAAAGUCGUCAGUAAAAAAAUGAUACUAAUUUAUACACUGAAUUUAAUAAAUCUAAAAAAGGAAGGUAACACAGCGCGUUUUUGCUCUGGAGCAUACAAGAGAACGCUGGAUCCUAUUGCAUAUUAGUUGUGCCGAUAUGCGCUGUAUUUUGCCAUGCUUUGCCUCUUUCAAAAUGAACUUUUCGAGUAAAGCCGAUUCAUACACUAUCAAAAGCAACUAUUCCGAUAUUAUACAAGAUAUCUUUGACGGCCUCCGAGGUGCAGUGGUAUGCGCGGAGGUUCUGGGUUCAUUUUUCGGCUGGGCCGAUUGAGGUUUUCUUAAUUGGUCCAGGUCUGGUUAUUGGGACGCUUCGCCUGAGAUUAGUUACCACCCUACCGGUAAAAACGUAUCGCCUAGCGAUCUUGCGUUCCGGUACGAUGUCGUGUAGAAACAGAAAUGGGUGUGGAUUUUCAUCCUACGCCUAACAAGUUAGCCUUUUUCCAUCUUAAACUGUAUCAUCACGUACCAUCAGGUGAGAUUGCAGUCAAGGGCUAAAGUGUAAAGAUUAAAAAAAACAAAAGACCGGCGGAUGCUCUGGUAAACUGGUGCAGAAGAAUUAUUUAUCUUAUCAGAAUGCGCUAGAGGGUAGAGGAAUAUUUCUUGAUAUUCUCUCCUACCGUCCGGCAGUGUGCGUGCGCCAUUAGGAUCAUUUUGUGCAUGACAUAACAAUUCGAAACUUUAAUGGCUCGAACUUUUAGUUUUAUUUUUUUUAUUUAUUGAAUUGAAUGCCAUCACAUGACAUGAAAAUAUAUAAUGUUUAACGGUUUGAGGCUAGUCUAAUGAUGGUUCGAUCGAUUUGUAAUUUAUAUGAAUAUUUUAUAUGCAAAGGGACAAUAUAAGACUAUAAUAAUUCUUGGACUUAGGAACAAAAUAUUUAACCUUGAGUCUAGGUAAAUCUGGAAGAUGGCUUAAAAGCCGUCAUGCCACCAUGGUUUAAUUCGCUAUGAAUAUCACAUACACCAAUUUUGAGCUGUAUGAAUAAAUAUUCUGUUCUUGGGUCUUCAAGGAUUAUAAAGGCUUAAGAGAAGAAAGAUUUUUUAUUCUAUGAUUUGUAGAGAGAACUCUAGUAUUGGACCUAUACUAAAGAGGAAACGCACCACAUCUGGGGCGGAUUACGUGAUUAUUGAAAAAAAAAACCAAGUUUUAAUAUUGGAAGUUACGUUACAUACAAAAAAAAUCGCCCCGGUUGACGUGUGACCUAGUGCUUAAUAUUUAAUUAUUUUUAUUAAAAAAAUUAUUUAGUUUUAUUUUAAGUAUAAUUUUGACAUUAAUAGUUUGUUCAGGGAACAAUUAUUUUGUAGCACAAUUAAGAGUUAAUAAGAGAUUAAUAUAAGGGUGGAAGUCAACCAUUAGUUGAUAGGUACAAAAUAUUAUUUAAUGACGAUAAGGAGCAAUAUGGGCACAUAUUGAUAGAGCACAUAGAGAUAGAGUAAACCAGCAAUAUUUAUAGAACUUAGGAACAUUAUAAUAGUUGAUUACUUAAGCUAUGUAUUGUACAUUAUCUUUGUUAUCUUUAUGUUGCGUUAUAAAAGCGUUUUUUUGGGACAAAACUCACUUGACACGGACCGCCCCCGUAUCGCCUUGCCGUCCACCCCCCCCACAAUGUUAUUUUUCAUUCAAAUAUCUACCCAAAAAUGUCUACAAGCUAUCGGACCAUAGGAAAUGACGUCGGCGCGCUGCUAGCGAGCGUUAACCAGCCCAAUUCAAUCGAGUUUAUGUCACAUCGUUAAAAAAUGUUUAUUAAUCUUUAAAUACAUAAUAAACAGCGGUGACGGUGCAUGGUAAGAUUGUCCGAAGGCGAGGCGUUUCCGUUUCGUAUCCUAUUAGUGUGCUUCGAACUAUGGAAUUUCAUACAAAGAAUACUGAACAGCUCGAGGCGAAACGGACCGGGUAAGUGUCUGAGGCGUUAUAGUGAGUUAAGCCUUUGUCCGAUUUCUACCGCAAAUCUAUGGAUAACAGUAUCAUUAUUGUACGACUGACACUUGAACAAACAAACAGGCAAAACAUUUUUACUAUACUUUUGACGUUGUUGUCAAAAGAGAAUUCAAAACAUUAUGUGCCUCCGUAGGUGCUGCGCGGAUAGCGCUUUUAUAGCUUGGCAAGUUUGUUCGUAAUACUCCCGAUGGCGCGCGCGGGCCGGGGAGCGUGUAGCGAUGAAUGAAAACCCCACGACUGAUGCACCUCACUUCCCCGCACGCACGACUUCACACCCGCGCAGUCUUCUCCCCCGUCGCCCGCAUAUCAUGGGAGUGUCAUCAACGAACUUGCCAGACUAUAGUAUAAUGUUUUGUAAAAUGGCGACCGCUGCGACGUUAGUUCCAGUUUUGGCCGCCGGGUCAGAUAAGUUUGCGGCACUAUUAUGUGGGUAAGAUUUAACUGUUGCUAUUGUUUAAUAUGCCUAUAGAUUAGAUUAUAUCUAAAUUAUUUUUCCUGGCACAUUCUCACAUCGGACUUGUGUUGUCUAUGAGUGGACGCAAAGAUUUUAUUUUUAGUCAAUAUUCAUCUUAAUGGGAAUUCAGCGGCAGUAGCAGAAGUUACCUAUAGCAGAAGAAGGCGUCUGGACUCUCCACUCAGGCCAAAACACCCUUCCAGAAAAAAAAUCGUGUGAAUGAUUAAAAUAAUCUGCGAGUCUGUGAUACCCAGAUAUAUCUCAUUUUAUGAAGGUUGGGUAAAAGUUUGACAACCCUUGCUCAGGUUCUACCUUAGGGAGAGGCCACUCCCUUAGGUAAUACCAAUUAUUGAGUUUGGUCUUUUUAAGAGAUUGUCAAUUAUCCAAGUAUAACAGUAGGUAACUUUUUAUUUUUUUAUUGGAUAUCAUUAGGAAUCACGUCUCCAGUCGUCAAAUGGUUCGCUUCGUGGCAACCCUUCGCUAGACCUCUUGACAUUUUAUUCGUCCAUAAGGUGCCAGGUAGAUUAAUUUAAAUAUACCCAUGUAUCAUCAUACAUUUAUGCCGUAUCAAAAAUAUUUUAAUUAAUUUAUAUAUCAUCAUACAUUUAUGCCAUUUCAUAGAUAAUUAUUUAUUUUAUUAACCAAUACAUAUGGUGCACAACUAAUUAGUAAUUUAGCCACGCACCCACUGGUGGGUGAAUCCGGUGGGUGAACGGGUAGCACACACGUGUUUAGUAGAAUACGAACAAAGCACACAGUAAAAAUGGGUGACAGAGUUUAUUUAAGAACAAAUAUUUUUUUUUACUUUAUGUAUUUUUUUAUUUUGUAACAUAAUUUAUUAAUGCGAAAGCGGUGUUAUGUUAACUUUAAUUGUUUACUUAUGAUUGAUGUUGGUGUAGAUUGGUUUUAUUUAAUAAAAAAAUUGCAUUCCUAAUAAGAUUGAUUUGCUAUUAAAUUUGUUUUACAACUCAUAUCUGUGGGAUAAUUGAUUGCACAGUACGAAACUUUAUUAAAGUACCAAAAAAUUAGAUACCAUAAAUAAUAUAUUGUUAUAUUUUUGGAAUAAAAUAAUUUAAUAAUG